UUUAGUAAAAGCAUAUCUUUUCAUAAACUUUUAUUUUAUAUUUUAAAACUUUGUGUAGAGGAUUAAUAUGUCUCUAUUUAAACUAAUUGUACUUUUAAACAUAGUUAAUUUAUCUAUUGAAUUAUCUCAUGUUGAGCUUCAUUGUAAUUUUUCCAAAUACAUAUUAAAUUUUUUUAAACACCAUGAAAAGUACUUAUUGUAUCUUGAAAAACAAAACAGUAUCUUUCCAGUUACUCAUGAAGAUCUCAAAACCUAUGGCACAUCUUUAAAAACACAUGGUAGGAUUAUAAUGGGUAUGUUGGAUGCAUUGCGAAUAAAGGGUAAAGAAUCUAAAGCAAAUGAUUUAAUGUCUGUUAAUUUAUACUUAAACAAUGUUUCUGAGUCAUUAAAUUUCAUAGUUAGGAACAGUGCAGGUAAAUAUGAUCGGAAUCUUUCUAGCGUCCUCAAAGGAUAUCAAUUAUUUCAUCGAGUAAUGGUUAAUGCUCUAGAAGAGUUUAUAAACAAAAGUUGCAAUAAUGUUACUGUUGACGAAGAUUUUAUUAAAUGUCCCAACUAUAAUACAUCAGGAAAAUAUAAUAUAAAAUACUUACCAGAAGUUUCGGAAAAACUUAUAAACCGGCUAUUAAAUAAAAAUUCAUUUAAGAUUGAUCCAAAUAAUCUGGUCCCAUUGUUAAAUAAAAAUGAAGUAUUCAUUUCUUUAUCGACAUCAUUAAACUCAAAAAACUAUAAGGACUACGACCCGAAAAAUUUAUUGUUUUAUGAUUUAUUAACUCCAAAUAACACGGAAUCAAAAAUACAACACUUAUCAGACAUCCAAAAAAAUGAACCUUCAAUUAUGGUAAAUGAAAAAUCUUUAGAUUUAUUGAAAUAUGCAAAAGUCAAAGUUAGAUAUAAUGGAAAAAGUAUGUUAAAUAUAACUGACGUAGUUCGAUAUAUGUUGUUUAGUUUUGAUACACAAAACAUGAUUUCAUUUCAGGAACUUGUAAUGGCUGCAUCUAUUCUACCUCUUUUGUCAAUUUUACAAACAUUUUGUUUGUUUAUCAAAAAUUCACCAAAGGAAAAUAAUAAAGUAAAAUGUUACAGUGAAGAUGUGGAUUUCUCAAGAAUAAUUAAAGUUGGAGAAGAGAUUCUUAAAAACAGUGUCUUAUUCAAUAAUUACAAUAUUUUUGUUGGAGGUCCAAAAAAAAUCUUGAUUAAAAUAAUUGAAACGUUUGAAAAAUUUAUAAGUCAAAUCAAACUUAAUAAAAAACUUCAUUUUUCUUCAUUACAACUAAUUCUGAAUCUUACGAGUUCAUUUUUAAAAGGUAAUAGACUUGAUCAUUCACUCUACUCAGUUUCCACUCAGGAUUUAAAAGAAAUAAACUUUAAAGAUCAAUUUUCUCAAAUUGAACAAUUUUCUAAUCGAGUUACAAAUUACACAACAGCAUUUAAAAAAUAUGUACCAUUAUUUAAAACUGUACAGAGAACUUAUUUUUUUGGAGUUCUUUUUGUACUUAAAAACAAGAAUUUUAUUGAUGAUAGUAUUGAAUAUAUUUUGAAACAGUAUAAUUAUUGUAAUUUGUAUGAUAAUUAUAAAAAAAAUAUUGAUGAAACUGAAAGUUCUGUAGAGAUCGAUAAAAACGAUGAUUUUGUAUUUGAUGUAGAAGAUGUGGUUGUAGAUCUUUACACAGAAAUUGUGGACAAUAAGUACACUACAAAUAAAAAAUGUGAAUAUGCAAUAAAUGCAAAGCCAAGAGACCAAUUUAAAAGUAUGCCGAAAUACAUAAAGGAUUAUUUACUUUUUGAUUAAAAGUCAUAAUUAUUAACAAUUUUUUCCUGUAUUUAAUUUAUAGAUUAUGAUAAAUCACAUUUUAUUAAAUAAAUAUUUCACCCCUAAUAUGCAAACAACUUUUUUUAUAAAAAAAAUUAUUCUUCUACCAACAUCCCUUACAUCUUACACUUAAAAAAGCUUUUGAUUUUCGAAAUUGCUACUUUAUUUAUUUUUUUUCAUUAGAUUCAUUCAAUUUAAAAAAAUGAUUCGUUUUUCAACGAGUUAUAGCUGUUUAUAGUUAAGGAGCGAUCAGAAAAAACGAUUUACACAAUUCCCAAAUCUAUCAACGCUACCGUCAUGAUAACUGUACAUCGUAACAUACUAUUAUGAACCUAUACUACUUAUCAAUUUACAACCCCAAAAAGAUGUUUUUUAAAACAUAUUUAAAAAAUAAUUACGUUUUUUUCUGAUCGCCCCUAAAUAUUAAACAGCCGUUAUUGAAAAUUGAAUAAAAUAAUAUAAUCUUUUA